AUCAUCAUCAAACAGAAAGAGAGUUACCUGAGUACGAUCACGCUACAGACUGUGUGAAGAUUUAAAUCUCUGCCAAGUACUAUAAUCAUAAGAAUGUCGCUAAUUCCAAGUUUUUUCGGUGGACAAAGGAGCAACGUCUUUGAUCCAUUCUCUCUGGAUGUGUGGGAUCCCUUCAAGGAUUUUCCUUUCCCUGAAUCUGGUCGAGAAAAUUCUGCAUUUGUGAGCACACGUGUGGACUGGAAGGAGACGCCAGAGGCACACGUGUUCAAGGCUGAGAUUCCAGGACUGAAGAAGGAGGAAGUGAAGGUUGAGAUCGAAGAUGAUAAGGUUCUUCAGAUAAGCGGUGAGAGAAACGUUGAGAAGGAAGAUAAGAACGAUACGUGGCAUCGUGUGGAGCGUAGCAGUGGGAAGUUCUUGAGGAGGUUCAGAUUGCCUGAGAAUGCAAAAAUGGAUGAAGUGAAGGCUUCUAUGGAGAAUGGUGUUCUUACUGUCACUGUUCCGAAGGAAGAUGUUAAGAAGUCUGACGUCAAGGCCAUUGAAAUUUCUGGUUAA